AUGGACUCAGAAAAUGUCUCAUUGGUGACUGAAUUCAUCCUGGUAGGAUUAACAGACCAGCCUGAUCUCCAGAUACCCUUGUUCUUUGUGUUUCUAGCAAUGUAUCUGGUCACUGCAUUGGGAAAUUUGUGUUUGAUCAUUCUGACUUUGCUGAAUUCUCACCUCCACACGCCUAUGUACUUUUUUCUCUUUAACUUGUCCUUUAUAGACCUCUGCUAUUCUUCUGUAUUCACUCCCCAAAUGCUGAUGAACUUUGUGUUAAGGAAAAAUGUAAUACCUUACACUGAAUGUAUGACCCAAGUCUACUUCUUUUGUUUUUUUGUUAUUUCUGAUUGUUAUGUGUUGACUUCAAUGGCCUAUGAUCGCUAUGUGGCCAUUUGUAAUCCAUUGUUGUAUAAUGUUGUUAUGUCUCCUAAAUUAUGUUUGAUCCUUAUGCUUGGUUCCUACUUUAUUGCAUUUUCUGAUGCUAUGGCUCACACUGUAUGCAUGCUGAGACUGACCUUCUGUGAUGCCAAUGUCAUCAACCACUACUUCUGUGAUAUUCCUGCUUUGCUCCAGCUCUCCUGUACGAGCACCUAUGCCAACAAGCUUGUAAUUUUUAUUGUUGGGUGCAUCAACAUCAUUGUGCCUACUUCAACUAUUUUCAUCUCCUAUGGUUUCAUCCUUUCCAGCAUAUUCCACAUCAGUUCCUCUGAGGGCAGGUCCAAAGCCUUCAGUACCUGCAGCCCCCACAUCAUUGCUGUUUUUCUGUUCUUUGGUGCAAGUGCACUUGCAUAUUUCAAACCCUCCUCAGCUGGGUCUAGGAAUGAAGGAAAAAUCUUUUCUGUCUUUUAUACCAACGUGGUUCCCAUGAUGAAUCCCUUAAUCUACAGUUUGAGGAACAAAGAUAUUAAAGUUGCCCUUAGGAAAACACUGAGCGUUAGGAACUUUUGA